GAGAGAAAGAGACAAAGCGAGAGAGAAACUGGAAGACUCGCCUUCUCACAAAUUCCAUAUUCCACUGGAGGGGCAGGACACCCCUGCAAUAACGACAAAAGCCACCUUCACCCUUCUUCUCAACGUACCCUCCUCUUGAACACCCUCGCCUUUUAACUCUACCGUUUUCACCUUCUCUCUCUUCCUCUGCACCACAUCCACAAACUGACACACAUCCUCCCAUAUACCAAGCCACAGCAGCUCUGCACUCCGAUUCAAGCAUCGCUUCCCCUAUUUUUCAUGGGGCUUUUCAUGGGUUGUUGAUCGAUUAAAAAACCCACAAAGGGAUUGGUGGCUCUUGCUUUGGUUUCCCACCUCUUCUGCCUCUGGUACCGUUCUCUGUUUUUUCAUGCAUGCCUUCAUGUUAUUUUCAGUGUUAAUCUGAUCUGAGUUCAUGAAAUCUGUGGAACCCAUUUGAGUUUGUGUUGUGAUGCUUGCGUCUUUCAUAAUUUUGUCGAAUUUGGGCUCUGGCUGUUGCUGAAUCAAAACCCCAAAACCCUCUGCUUCUUGUUCAGCCUGUUGUACUCUUCACUGCCUAGUUCUUGUUAUACCAGGGUCUGUUUUGGUCCGCAAACUGCUCUGAAUUUGAUCAUUCUUGGGUAGUUGCUGUGAAGAGAUGCACAUUUUUCUCGUUUUGUGAUGUGAUUUCAUUCAAUUCUGGUUUGGUUCUUGGUUGGGGGAAUUUGAGAUCCAUUCCUUUGGUUUGUUGAGUCCAAUUUUUAUCUCAUCUGUUGCAAUUACCAUCUCUCCAUUUGUGUUAAUGGCACCAAUGGAUGAAAGAUCUUCGUCUGUUACUUCUUCGCCUCUCCAAUUGUUCUCCAUGAUGUCGCCUUCACCCAGCUUGGGAUCACCAUAUCCAUGGCUUAGAGAGCUAAAAUCCGAGGAGCGGGGCCUGUGUUUGAUCCAUUUGCUACUCACUUGUGCAAACCAUGUAGCUUCUGGUAGCCUGGAAAAUGUGAAUAUUGCCCUGGAGCAAAUCUCCCAACUUGCCUCUGCUGAUGGUGAUACCAUGCAGCGCAUUGCUGCUUACUUCACGGAGGCACUUGCUGAUCGGAUACUCAAGACAUGGUCUGGUCUCCACAAGGCCCUCAACUCCACCAGAAUAUCUUUUCCUUCUGAGGAUAUUCUUGUUCGGAAACUAUUUUUUGAGUUGUUUCCAUUCUUGAAGAUGGCAUAUGUGAUCACUAACCACACUAUUAUUGAAGCUAUGGAAGGGGAAAGGAUGGUUCAUAUAAUUGAUCUCAAUUCGGCUGAACCUGCACAAUGGAUUGCACUUCUUCAGGCCUUGAGUGCUCGCCCCGAAGGCCCACCCCAUUUGAGAAUCACAGGGAUUCAUCCUCAGAAAGAGGUCUUAGAGCAAAUGGCUCACAGAUUAACCGAGGAAGCAGAGAAAUUGGAUAUUCCAUUUCAGUUCAAUCCCAUUGUUAGCAAAUUAGAGAAUCUUGAUUUUGAGAAGCUGCGAGUUAAGACCGGGGAGGCUCUAGCAAUCAGCUCAGUUCUCCAAUUGCAUUCCUUUUUGGCCUAUGAUGAUGAAUUCCUUAGGAAAAAAUCCUCACUAGCAUCAAAGAAUUCAAAUGGGGUUCACUUGCAAAGAGUCCUGCAAUUGAACCAAACCACAUUGGGUGAAUUGCUUGAGAAUGAUGUGGUUAAUCGAUAUAGCCUUAGUCCUGACUCAGCUUCAUCAUCACCACCAUCUUUCACAGGUUCGCCAAAAAUGGAUGGCUUUCUUAAUGCAUUGUGGGGUUUGACACCAAAGCUCAUGGUCAUAACAGAGCAAGAUUCAAACCAUAAUGGAUCUACUCUGAUGGAGAGGCUAUUAGAAUCCUUGUACUUCUAUGCAGCAUUGUUUGAUUGUUUGGAAUCUACUCUACCAAGAACAUCUAUAGAGAGAUUGAAGGUGGAGAAGAUGCUUUUUGGGGAGGAAAUUAAGAACAUUAUAGCAUGUGAGGGAGUCGAGAGGAAGGAGAGACAUGAAAAACUUGAGAAGUGGAUUCAAAGGCUUGAUUCAGCUGGGUUCCAGAGCAUGCCUCUCAGCUACUACUGCAUGGUGCAGGCAAAGAGGUUGCUGCAAGGUUAUGGUUGUGAUGGUUAUAGGAUCAAGGAAGAGCAUGGCUGUGCAGUGAUUUGCUGUCAAGACAGACCACUCUUUUCGGUAUCAGCUUGGAGGAAUAGAAAGUAAGAUUUAGAUUACUGGUCACACAGGGUUUGAGUUUUUCCUCUCAUUUUCUUCUUUGUAUGAAAAGAUUUUGUUCAUUUGCCAAUGCAUACUGUUGAAAGAUUUGAAGACCUUUCUCAAGCUCUUAGAAGUUCAUUUUUUCUUCUCAUUUUAUUCCUUAAUGGAACACAGGACUAGUGAGUGUGUGUGCAUAUGUGAACUGAUCUUCUCAGUUAUAUAUUGAACGGUUGCUCUGUUUGUAGUGAUGUGGCCUGAAAUUGGUUGCAAUUGCAAAGGACUGUAACGCAAUAACCAUUAUUGCAGGAUCAUGUGGAAACAAUGCAUGUAUUUGGAUUGCUAUUUCUUCAUAGAAACACAUUUCAUCUUUUGGUUUU